AUGGCUUCUUCUACCACCACCUCUGGUAAGGGGGGUUCUGAGUCUACGGCUCCAUCGUUGACAAGGCUCGCAUUCAACGAAAUUUGUCGUCAGCUGCAGGCAUUCAUCGUCGGAAAAAGGGCAUCUGCAUCGUUUGUCUGUGGAGGUCUUGUCCCCAUUGAUGCAAAGUCUGCAGCUGGUUCCACAUCCUCGCAAACCGCCUCCGUGUCUCCGCCAGUGAGGAUCUGCUGGCGUACAGAUGGUGACAACAUUUUACGAGGGUUGGCUCUACCUCUCGACUCAAAUGCCGACUCCAAAACUGCAUCCGAUGAUCUGCGUCAAUUAGUAGUAGACUGCGAUCCUGCUAGCUUUGGCAGGGGACAGGAAGAUGUUAUUGAUCCUAAAUACCGAAAAGCUGGAAAGCUUGAGCCCCGACAUUUUCUCACCAGCUUUCACCCAUCAGACUUCGGAAUCCUCCAAAAUGUGGAGCAAAUUCUCCUUCCGAACUUCAACACGGUGUCACAAGACUCUCUACCCUUCCGGAAACUGAGUGCCGAGUUAUACAAACUGAAUGUUUACUCGGGACCAUCUGGCCUUUUCCGGCAGCAUGUUGACACUCCGCAAUCCCAGAGCCAGAUCGGCUCGCUAGUCGUUUGUUUACCCUCUCAUUUCAAAGGGGGCAACUUGGUCGUUCGGCACGAGGGAAAGCAGGUUGUGUUUGACUGGGGUCACCAGAGUGCGUCCGCGAUUCAAUGGGCAGCAUUCUAUAGUGACUGUGAGCACGAGAUCGAGACAAUCACGGAAGGCGAGCGUAUCACCUUGACAUACAACCUCUAUGUAACCGAGCCAGUGGGGGGAUCGAUUCCGCCCAGCUUGGUUGUUGACCCAAAGAGCUUGUCGCUGCAUAGCUUCUUGAAAGAACUUGUCAUGGAACCUGGCUUUAUGAAAGAGGGCGGUGCUUUCGGGUUCUAUUGCUCUCACGCUUAUCCUCAUACAUCCGAUGAGGCUCCAAUGCUACUUCCGAGGGCACUCAAGGGUGCUGACCUUGUGUUGUAUUCUGUUUUUAAAUCCCUUGGCUUACAGAUUGAUGUUGUUCCGGUGAUUAUGGAAGAUGACUGUAAAGAGGAUUACUAUGAAGAGGAUGAAGAGGAUGACUCUGGUCCAUCUGAGACAGGACAAGUGCGCGUUGGAGACAAGCUACAUUCACACAUUAUCACUGAUUGGAUGACUGAAGAGGGAGAGUCAUCACUCCAGGCACUCAAUUGCGAUUGGGCGGGCAAACGCAGGCCAGAAGUCACAUGGAUCGGCUCUCCGACACACAAAAAGAUGGCCCUUACCCAUAUAGCUUACGGAAACGAGCCUUCGCAAAGCACAGUCUACUCGUAUGCAGCGAUGAUAGCCGAGAUCCCACCAUUCCGGGAGCGACAGGACCUUGUUGAUGCGUGA